GUUUUCAGAGCCCCUCACAGAGAUACAUAAGGGGUCUAGAAACCCCGGGAUUUGCUCGACAUCUUCCAAGAUAUCGCAUCAUCAUCAUCAGUCCACAUCAUCAAUACAGUUCUUGAAUCCACCAGUCUCUUCCAUUCCUAUUCAUCUCAACCAAAACCGUUACCACACUCGCAAAGAUGAAGUUCUCCUCUGCUGUCCUCGCCAUGACUCUUGGCCUGGCCGUCGCGGCGCCCACCUCGGAGGGCAAUGGCAAGCUAGUCGCACGACAGGAUCCAACUGAUGUCGCUGCGGACCCUUACAUCGCGGACGAGGCCGCUUUCGCUGACAGCGCUGUUGAGGAGGCCACUGAGGCGGAGGCUGCCCAGGACUUCGCGCUUGAGGAGGCUACUGAGGCGGAGGUUGCCGAUGACAUUGCCAUUCAGGAGGCCCUCGCUGGGGAAGCCGCCGUCGCAGAGAUCGCCGCUGAGGAGGCUUUCAUUCAAGAUGCCGCGAUCGCAGAGGCUAUCGCUAUCGAGGAAGCCGAAGCCUUCGAAGCGGCUGUCAUCGCGGAGGCCAUACUUGAAGAUGCUGCCUUGGAGGCGGCCAUCGCCGAGGAUGCCGCCGUGAAGGAGGCCCUCCUUGAGGAGGCUGCCGCUGCUGCCCACUGCCGCCCUGGCUGCUUCCCCGUCCCCACCCAGCAGUGUGGCUCUACCUGUGCCAACUCCCAGGGCGAGUGCUGCGCCGCGCUCUACUAGAUGACAUUCUGUCGCGGACGUGAAGUGCCAUGCGAGUGGCACUUUCCUAAGGGUUGUUUCCUGUACUAGUUGGACUUUUCUGUACUGGUUGGAAAUUCCGAGAAGUUCGGGGCUAUGGAGUUGUGUACCUCGUGGGCUUUUCGC